AUGCUCCAUGAGAGUCACCACUGGGAGUACUCGAAUGGUUCCCAGCUGCAUCCCACCAUCCAGAAACUAAUGAAGGGAUAUAACCGCUACAUGAGGCCCAACUUCAAUGGUGAGGAGAAGGGCCCUGUUGAGAUUGGGAUGAGUCUGGAUAUCGCCAGCAUUGAUGCCAUCUCAGAAAUCAAUAUGGACUACACAGCCACUAUCUUCCUGCGUCAGCGUUGGAGGGACUCCCGACUGGUGUUCCCAGGGAAUGAGAGUGUGAGUGUGGAUGGACGACUAGUCUCCCUCCUCUGGAUCCCAGACACCUUCAUUCCAGACUCCAAACGCUCCUUCCUGCAUGACGUCACCAUGGAGAACCGUCUCAUACGGAUCUUCAGCAACGGGACCGUUCUCUAUGCUCUACGAAUAACAGCGACCAUCGCCUGCAACAUGGACCUGACCAAGUACCCAAUGGACAGACAGGUGUGCACCCUGCAGCUGGAGAGCUGGGGCUACAACCUACAGGAUGUAAUAUUCUACUGGACGAGAGGGAAUGACUCAGUGAAGGGUCUGGACACACUGCGCCUUGCCCAGUACAGUGUUGAGAGUUACUACACAUCUGUUUCUGAGGCUGUCUAUGAGACAGGGCUGUACCCGAAGCUGGUGCUCCACUUUGCUCUGCGUAGGAACGUGUUGUUCUUUAUCCUGGAGACAUACGCCCCUUCUACUCUGUUGGUGGUGCUCUCCUGGGUCUCCUUCUGGAUCAGCCAAUCAUCUGUCCCUGCACGCACCUGCAUCGGUGUGACCACAGUACUGACAAUGACUACUCUCAUGAUGGGUACCCGUACCUCUCUCCCCAACGCCAACUGUUUCAUCAAGGCCAUAGACGUGUACCUGGGCAUCUGUUUCACCUUCAUCUUUGGGGCGCUGCUGGAGUACGCCUGCGCCCACUUCUGUACCGUGCGGCACCAAACCGUAGGAGACAUACACAGGGAGCUCCUUCAGGAGUUUGAUGACUCCAACGGAAACGGUACCAUGCCCGUGGUCAGCUCCAGCCAACCAAAUCAGGUCCUGGAGCUAGGCUCCACCCAAAAGGAUCUUGUUGACCAAUCGGGGACGAGUGUCAGCGAGGCCGAGGCUACAGAGAAGAAGCCGGAGAAGGGGUGUGGCCUGACGUCGUUUAAGAACGCGGCGCGGCGUGUGUUGUCUGUGUUUAGCGUAGAGAACCCUCACAACAUCGACCGCCAUGCUCGCACCAUGUUCCCCCUCACCUUCCUGGCGAUUAAUGUCUUCUACUGGCUCUACUAUCUCUUCAUCUGAUCUGAGUAGCACACAUCUCUUCAUCUGAUCUGAUCUGAGUAGCACACAUCCCUUCAUCUGAUCUGAGUAGCACAUAUCUCUUCAUCUGAUCUGAGUAGCACACAUCCCUUCAUCUGAUCUGAGUAGCACACAUCCCUUCAUCUGAUCUGAUCUGAGUAGCACACAUCUCUUCAUCUGAUCUGAGUAGCACACAUCCCUUCAUCUGAUCUGAGUAGCACACAUCCCUUCAUCUGAUCUGAUCUGAGUAGCAUACAUCUCUUCAUCUGAUCUGAGUAGCACACAUCCCUUCAUCUGAUCUGAUCUGAGUAGCACACAUCUCUUCAUCUGAUCUGAGUAGCACACAUCCCUUCAUCUGAUCUGAUCUGAGUAGCACACAUCUCUUCAUCUGAUCUGAGUAGCACACAUCCCUUCAUCUGAUCUGAGUAGCACACAUCCCUUCAUCUGAUCUGAUCUGAGUAGCAUACAUCUCUUCAUCUGAUCUGAGUAGCACACAUCCCUUCAUCUGAUCUGAUCUGAGUAGCACACAUCUCUUCAUCUGAUCUGAGUAGCACACAUCAAAUCAUCUGAUAUGAUCUGAGCAGUACACAUCUCUGAUCUGAUCUGAGUAGCACACAUCUCUUCAUCUGAUCUGAGCAGUACACAUCUCUGAUCUGAUCUGAGUAGCACACAUCUCUUCAUCUGAUCUGAGCAGUACGCAUCUCUGAUCUGAUCUGAGUAGCACGCAUCUCUUGAUCUGAUCUGAGUAGCACGCAUCUCUUGAUCUGAUCUGAGUAGCACGCAUCUCUUGAUCUGAUCUGAAUAGCAUACAUCUCUUGAUCUGAUCUGAAUAGUUCACGAUUCUCAUUAUCUGAUGUGAUCCGAAUGGCCCCCUAUUUCCAAUGAGGUGCACUAAUUUUGACCAAACCCCAGUAGUGCGCUAUAUAGGGACUGUGUCCAAAAUGGCCCCCUUUUCCCUAUGUAGUUUAUUACUUUGACCAACACCUAUAGAGAAGGACCCUGGUCAAAAAUGGUGCACUACACUCUUAGAAAAAAAGGUGCUAGCUAGAACUUUAAAGGGUUCUUAAGUUGUCUACAUAGGAGGAGCCAUUGAAGAACCCUUAUUGGUUUAAGGUAGAACCUUUUUGGUUCCUGGUAAACCCUUUUGGGUUCCAUGUAUAGUUAAUUCAGAAAGUAUUCAGAUCCCUUGACAUAUUACACAUUUUGUUACAUUACAGCCUUAUUCUAAAAUGGAUGAAAUAGUUAACUUUUCUUCUCAUCAAUCUACACACAAUAUCCCAUAAUGACAAAGCAAAAACAGAUUUUUCGGAAUAUUAGCAAAUGUAUAAAAAAUAAAAAACUGAAAUAUCAAAUGUACAUGAGAAUUCAGACCCUUCACUCGGUACGUUGUUGAAACACCUUUGGCAAAGAUUACAGCCUCGAGUCAUCUUAGAUAUGACGCUACAAGCUUGGCACACAAGUAUUUGGGGAGUUUCUCCCAUCCUUCUCUGCAGAUCCUCUCAAGCUCUGUCAGGUUGGAUGGGGAGCAUCGCUGCACAGCUAUUUUCAGGUCUCUCCAGAGAUGUUCGAUCAGGUUAUAAAGUCCGGGCUCUGGCUGGGCCGCUCAAGGACAUUCAGGAACUUGUCCCGAAACCACUCCUGCAUUGUCUUGGCUCUGUGCUUAGGGUUAUUGUCCUGUUGGAAGGUGAACCUUUGACACAGUCUGAGGUCCUGAGCGCUCUGGAGCAGGUUUUCAUCAAGUAUCUCUCUGGACUUUGCUCUGUUCAUCUUUCCCUCGAUCCUGACUAGUCUCCCAGUCCCUGCCGCUGAAAACCAUCCCCACAGCAUGAUGCUGCCACCACCAUGCUUCACCAGACAUGAUGCUUGGCAUUCAAGCCAAAUAGUUCAAACUUGGUUUCAUCAGAACAGAGAAUCUUGUUUCUCAUGGUCUGAGAGUCUUUAGGUGCAUUUUGGCAAACUCCAAGCAGGCUGUCAUGUGCUUUUUACUGUGGAGUGGCUUCCGUCUGGCCACUCUACCGUAAAGGCCUGAUUGGUGGAGUGCUGCAGAUAUCUUUGUCCUUCUGGAAGGUUCUCCCAUCUCCACAGCAGAACUCUGGAGCUCUGUCAGAGUGACCAUUGGGUUCUUGGUCACCUCCCAUUUUUAGAAAAUGUCUUGGUGGAUCCAAACUUCUUCCAUUUAAGAAUGGUGGAGGCCACUGUGUUCUUAGGGACCUUCAAUGCUGCCGAAACGUGUUGGUACCCUUCCCCAGAUCUUUGCCUCAACAUAAGCAUUAUGUCUCAGAGCUCUAUGGACAAUUCCUUCUCAUGGCUUGGUUUUUGCUCUGACAGGCACUGUCAACUGUGGGACCUUAUAUAGACAGGUGUGUGCCUUUCCAAGUCAUGUCCAAUCAAUUGAAUUUUCCACAGGUGGACUCCAAUCAUGUUGUACAAACAUCUCAAGGAUGAUCAAUGGAAACAAGUUGCACCUGAGCUCAAUUUCUUGUCUCAUAGCAAAGGGUCUGAAUACUUAUUUAAAUAAGGUAUUUCUGUUUUUUUAAACCAAAAAGGGUUCUACCUGGAACCGAAAUGGGGUUUUCUAUGGAGACAGCCAAGUAACUAUUUUGGAACCCUUUUUUCUAAGUGUGUAUAUAGGGAUGAGGUGCCACUGGACUGCCCCACACUGGACUGCCCCACACUGGACUGACCCACACUGGACUGCCUCACACUGGACUGCCCUACACUAGACUGACCCACACUGGACUGCCCUACACUGGACUGACCCACAUUGGACUACCCUACACUGGACUGACCCACAUUGGAUUGCCCUACACUGGACUGCCUCACACUGGACUGCCCCUCAUUGGACUGCCUCACACUGGACUGCCUCACACUGGACUGCCCCUCAUUGGACUGCCCCACACUGGACUGCCUCACACUGGACUGCCCUACACUGGACUGCCCUACACUGGACUGCCCUACACUGGACUGCCCUACACUGGACUGCCUCACACUGGACUGCCCUACAGUGGACUGCCCUACACUGGACUGCCUCACACUGGACUGCCUCACACUGGACUGCCUCACACUGGACUGCCCCUCAUUGGACUGCCUCACACUGGACUGCCCUACACUGGACUGCCCUUCACUGGACUGCCUCACACUGGACUGCCCCUCAUUGGACUGCCUCACACUGGACUGCCCCUCAUUGGACUGCCUCACACUGGACUGCCUCACACUGGACUGCCUCACACUGGACUGCCUCACACUGGACUGCCUCACACUGGACUGCCUCACACUGGACUGCCCUUCACUGGACUGCCUCACACUGGACUGCCUCACUCUGGACUGCCCUUCACUGGACUGCCCUACACUGGCCUGUCCUCCACUGGACUGCCCUCCACUGGACUGCCCUCCACUGGACUGCCCUCCACUGGACUGCUCUCCACUGGACUGCCCUCCACUGGCCUGCCCUACACUGGACUGCCUCACUCUGGACUGCCCUUCACUGGACUGCCCUCCACUGGACUGCCCUACACUGGCCUGCCUCACUCUGGACUGCCCUCCACUGGACUGCCCUCCACUGGCCUGCCUCACUCUGGACUGCCCUCCACUGGACUACCCUACACUGGCCUGCCUCACUGUGGACUACCCUCCACUGGACUGCCCUCCACUGGACUGCCCUACACUGGACUGCCUCACUCUGGACUGCCCUUCACUGGACUGCCCUACACUGGACUGCCCUACACUGGACUGCCCUACACUGGACUGCCCUACACUGGAUCAAACCUAUCAUUCAAUGGCCUUCAUAAAGUUUGGAUGCAUUUUUGUAUCUGUAAUUUUUUUUAUCAUGGGUAUAUUAUUUAUUAUUAUUUAUUUAUUUGUGUACUUGUGCUUGUCUUGUGAAUUUGCAACAAUAAAAUAGUGGACCAUA